CUGGAUGUUUUUCCUCUGACUCAUCUCCCGGUAGCCUACAAAGCUAUUGAUGUUAGCUUAGCAUGCUAGCUAGAAACAAAGGGAGACGUAAGUUAGCAACACAGCGUUAACAUGUCUAAAGCACAAAUACUGAGAUCUUUAGUCAACCAGAGACUCACUGCAGCUGCUGAAGAGAUAUUUGAGCUGUUUGAAAGAACGAUAGCAGAGCACGAGGAGGAACUUUCUCGUUCUAAAGAGGAGAACGAGCGACAACGGAAACUCCUGGACGCUGUUUUCAACCCUCCGCUUCGGUUACACAAAGCAGACGUCCUGCAGCUGUUGGUGGUUAAAGAAGAGGUUCCUCCUGAGCAGCAGGAGUGGAGAUCUAGUCUGGACCAGGAGGACCCAGAGCCCCCACACAUUAAAGAAGAACAGGGGCAACUCUGGACCAAUCAGGAGGGAGAACAGCUUCAAGGACUAGAGGAGGCUGAUACCAAGUUCUCAUUCACUCCUCUGAAGAGAGAAGAAGCUGAAGAGGAAGCUCAGUCCUCAGAGCUUCAUCAAAGACAAACUGAACAGAUGGAAACAGAAACUGAUGAAGACGACUGUGGAGAACCAGACAGGAACUCAGAUCCAGAUAGACAUCCAGAACCAGAUACUGAUGAGAAGACUGGAGACUCUUCUGAAUCCGAGACUGAUGACAGUGAGGAUUGGAAGGAGACCAGAGAACCUCAGCCAGGUUCAAACUCUUUGAAAAAUGAUGAAGUCCCUGUCAGUGAUUCAAGAUGUGGGACUGGUGGGAAACGGUUUAGAUGCUCUGAUUGUGAGAAAACAUUUGGAUCCCGUGGAGCUCUUAAGAAACACAUGAGAGUCCACACAGGAGAGAAACCUUUCAUCUGCUCAGAGUGUGGUAAAGGUUUUACUGAAAAAGGAACCCUGAAGAUCCACAUCAGAACUCACACAGGAGAAAAACCUUUCAGCUGCUCAGUUUGCAACAAAUCUUUUAGACGGAGUUCUACUUUACAGAUACACAUCAAAGCUCACAGUGGAGAGAAACCUUUCAACUGCUCAGAGUGUGGUAAAGGUUUUAUUGAAAAAGGAACCCUGAAGGACCACAUCAGAACUCACACAGGAGAAAAACCUUACAGCUGCUCAGUUUGCAACAAAUCUUUUGCACAGAGUAGACAUUUAACCACACACAUGAGAAUCCACACAGGAGAAAAGCCUUACAGCUGCUCAGUUUGUAAGAAAUCAUUUUCACAGAGUGGAGCUUUAACCACACACAUGAGAAUCCACACAGGAGAAAAACCUUACAGCUGCUCAGUUUGCGAGAAAUCUUAUAGACGGAAUCAUAAUUUACAGAGGCACUUGAAAGCUCACAGGGGAGAAAAACCUUACAGCUGCUCAGAGUGUGGUAAAGGUUUCAUUGUAAAAGCAGCCCUGAAGAACCACAUCAGAACUCACACAGGAGAAAAACCUUACAGCUGCUCUGAGUGUGGUAAAAGUUUUAUUGAAAAAGAAACCCUGAAGAAACACAUCAGAACUCACACAGGAGAAAAACCUCACAGCUGCUCUGAGUGUGGUAAAGGUUUUAUUGAAAAAGGAACCCUGAAGAACCACAUCAGAACUCACACAGGAGAGAAACCUUACAACUGCUCAGUUUGCAACAAAUCUUUUAGACUGAAUCAGCCUUUACAGAGACACUUGAAAGCUCACAGGGGGGAGAGACCUUUCAGCUGCUCAGAGUGUGGUAAAGGUUUCAUUGAAAAAGGAGCCCUGACGAACCACAUUCGAACUCACACAGGAGAAAAACCUUACAGCUGCUCAGUCUGUAAUAAAUGUUUUUCACAGAGUGGAACUUUAACUUUACACAUGAAAAUCCACACAGGAAAAAAACCUUACAGCUGCUCAGUUUGUGGUAAGACUUUCUUUGAAAAAGGAAACCUGAAGACACACAUCAGAACCCACACAGGAGAGAAACCUUACAGCUGCUCAGUUUGCAACAAAUAUUUUGCACAGAGGGGAGCUUUAACUAAACACAUUAGAAUCCACAGAGGAGAAAAAACCUUACCGCCGCUCAGUUUGUGAUGAAAGUUUAAAGCCAUGUCAGCUCUGAAGUUAUACAUAAUGACUAAUACAAGACACAAGUGGCUUUAGUGGUUCAGUUUGUAAUAAAGGUGUUACAUAAAAGCUAAAUCUGACAAACCACAUGGCGAAACACAGGGGAGCAACUAUGGUGCUUUUUACUCGUUCUUUAUUCAAGAGUGUGUUCUUCAAAUUUGAGAGUAUCACAUAUUGAUUCCUUGCGAUUAGUGAUAUAGUAAACCCUUGAUUUCUCUGAGAGAUUCAUGCUUUGAUUAAAGUGACACCUUGUAACAUUGGCAGGGAGCUUAGUAUUGUCUUUAGUUUUAUAAGGUAGUUUACUCAUAGCUGCUGUUCAUGUGCUUAAGCACAAACAACAGUCAGAGACUAGAGUCAGUCUGUGAAGCCAGAAGUCGGAACAUCCAGGUCCCCCGUCUUUGUCACAAUGCACCCAACAACGAUUCCCAUCAUUGCGUUGUUGGCCCAAAAGGCAGCAGAUCAAUGUACAUUUUUUGGGCUGAUCCUGGUCGAACCUCUGGUCUCAUGUCCCGGCAACCAGACUUUCACCAGCAAGCUCCCCGUCCAGGUUGGGACUAGAAAGGGUCCUUGGAUUCCCUUUUCUGGGCAAGGUGCCACAACUCUAUUCUGUUUGAUUUAUAUAUAUAUAUAGUAAGUGAAUUCUUGAUCUGUCCCCUUCUCUGGGACCACUUUGCCUUGGGAAAGCCUACCAGGAGCUACGGACCUUGACAACACAGCUCCCCUGGUCAUUGGGUCACUCACGGCCCUCCAGUACUUUCAGGUGGCGAUUCAUUGGAGGGGUGUAACAGUCCAAGCACGUUGCUCAAUGUUAAUAUAAUCACAUUUCCCAGCUUUGUAGUGAUGUUUUUACUUUUAAAAUAAAAGUAUUGCCUUUUUGGGGGAUUUAUUUUUGUGCCAUUUGAAUUACUGCACACUGUCCUGUGUCGUAUAACCAACAUAGUACUGCAUAGAUUGUGGUAUACGUUGUGUAAAAUCUGUUUAUUUGCAUGUUUAGGAGCAGAAAUGCAGAAAAAUACCAGAAGGAAAUUAAUGUGUUUAUGCGUUGUCUUCUGCAAGUAUGUGUUUUCCUUUGUGUAAUGCUGUGAUUUCUGUUGUCAGUUUAGUCACCCAGUCCCACGCACCUUUUUUACUUUGCCUGCCAGCUGUCUUUGUUUUUCCCCCCCGCGUGCUUUUUAAAAAAUAAA